UUUGGGUGUUCCAAAGGUGUGAUGAUAGAAUUUAAACAUUGGUUUACCGCAUUUUGAAGUUCUUAGAGUUGUGUCAACGACCAAAGCACUGUGGGUCCCCACGCGGUGGAAAUGGGAACGUUCGUUUUGGACAACGGCGCUGGCCUGGCAAAAGCCGGCUAUUCCACAGAUUCUGAGCCGAAGCAGAUGGUGAACUGUGUGACCAAGGCUAAGCACAUCAGGAGUCGAGUGUUUGUCGGUGAUCAAAUAGACGACUGCAAAGAUCUCUCCGGAAUAUUUUACCUUCUGCCAUUCCAAAAGGGAUACCUGACGAAUUGGGAAAUCCAGCAACAAGUAUGGAACCACAUUUUUGGAACAGACAGAUACAAAGUUCGCUUCGAUGACACAACCAUAAUUGUGACGGAACCCUACUUCAACUUCCUGUCAAUUCAGGAAACUAUGAAUGAAGUUUUGUUUGAAGAAUAUCAGUUCAAGGCUGCCCACAGAACAAAUGCUGCUUGUCUGAGUUGGUACAAAAGCAAGAAAGAAGAGCGUGCCCAGAAUCUGUGUGCCCUGAUUGUUGACAGUGGUUAUUCCUUCACUCACAUCGUACCGUUUUACAAUGGGAAGAAAAUCAAAGGCUCAAUGAGAAGAAUCAAUGUUGGUGGUAAGAUGCUGACCAACCACUUGAAGGAGAUCAUCUCAUAUCGCCAGCUGAUGGUCAUGGACGAGUCACAUGUCAUGAAUCAGUGUAAAGAGGACGUCUGCUUCGUCUCGACAGACUUCAAACAGGACAUGGCCAUUGCUGCUUCUAAAGGUCGACAGAACUCAAUAGCACGAGAUUAUGUUCUCCCAGACUACACCCACAUCAAACGAGGCUUUGUCAGGUCGAUCGAUGAAUCAUCAGGAAAGGCAAAGGGCUCGGAACAGAUAAUUCGAAUGAACAAUGAACGAUUCCAGGUGGCUGAAAUCCUCUUCCAUCCAUCAGAUGUUGGUGUUUCAGAAAUGGGUGUCUCUGAGGCAAUAGUCCAUUCCAUCAACUCCACGCCUUCUGAUAUGCAUCCCCAUCUUUAUAAGAACAUAGUGCUUACUGGAGGAUGCUGUAACCUGCCUGGAUUCAGAGAGCGUGUGUAUAAUGAUUUGAGGUCAAUGGCCUGUGAUGACUUUGAUGUUAACGUUCGCCUGUCAGAAAAACCUGGUACAUACGCGUGGGAAGGUGGUGGCGUUCUCUCCAAGACUCAGGACUUCUCAAAGAAGAUUGUGACCAGGCAACAGUACGAGGAGUAUGGACAGAAUAUCUGCCUGGAAAAGUUUGAUGUGUGAAAUUUCGACAUGAUGUGCAUGCCAGAAAGCAUUUAAACGAAGAAAAAAGCUCCAUAACUUACUAUAUUGAUAAUAGCAGAAUAAUAGUCAUACAGCAAGUCAUCUAAACUCUGUUAUUUCGUUGCCUCAUCAGGUGAAUUUGUAAAUAGAUAGAUAUUAUAUAAUUUUGUAAUAAAAUACGACAUGUUUUCGUCCAAUUGUUUAAGGACUUCUCAAGGAAAAUUGUGAAAUCUCAAGA